CUAUAUUUUGUCUAAUAUUAUAGUUACGAAGUACUCACUGAUGUGAGUACUUAUGAAUUUGAUGAUAGUUAUGAUGUGCAGUGUUUGAUCUUCAUGGUUUACAGAUGCGCCCACUUGGUGGUACAGGAAUGCAUGCAACAUGUACCAACAGGCGAUGGUCGCACCGGGGGGGGGGGGGUGUUUUCGUCUACACGGAAGAUGUGUUGACGCAAUUGGAGUGGAUGUGGUUACUUCGGUUCCAAACGAGAUUUGUGUGUGUCGCUGCUGCAUUGGCACCGAUUCAAAACAAUCGGAACGUUUAGCUCGAGGAUCCGCUGGAGGAACUAGAAGAAGUUGCGGCAGUCGUCGCGGCUGUUGGGGCUCCGGUAGGAGAGCCCGAAGGAGCGGCGGAAGGAGCGGCCGAAGGAGCAGCGGAAGGAGCGGCCGAAGGGGCUUCGGUGCUUCCYCCCUUACCCUUCUUGGACGACUUCUUGGGUGGUGGAGUAGGGUCGGACUUCUUGGAUCCCUUUUGCAAACGACGCUGGGGGAUUCCAAUAACGGAGUCGUUGCUUUCGUCGAUAAUGGCGGCGUUGGCAGAGAGGGCCAUGAAAGCGGCGGCGAGAACGGUAGCUUUGAAGUACAUCAUUGUGAAAUAGAGUUUUCUUGUUUGAAGAUUUGAAAGUUUUUGUUCUUGUUGUAAGCUUUUCGACUUUGGAGUUGUGAGAAGAUGAUUUCGGAACCAUAGGAACAGGGUUGUUGCAUUGCUUCGCAUUAUUUGAAACGAUUGGCUUCAUUCUACCAUGAAAUUCGAUUCGAUUUUUGGUGGGCGCGCACUUCCAACCCAAAAAAUGAGUACGAGCCGUUGGAUGGCGAGAAUUGGUAAGACUCAUCCGAGUUUUCUGGCCAGAAGUGCCAAUCUCUGUUUGGACGAGAGACAUUUCCUUAAAUAACUAUUUUAAAUUCCGCAACAAUUAUAUCGAAAAUGACCGAAUUUUUCUAAGCACGGAGCCGAGUCAGUCCUCAUAUAGUUCACUAAAAAGUUUGAUCGUUUGAAGUCGCCGAAGUUGCCAUGCGUUGAGUAUUCGUCGUCUACAUUUAUUAAGGGAACAAUUUUGUAAUGGUUCGGAAGUUCUGCCACAUUCCGAUGCGUCACAUUUAAAAACAAAUAUUAUUGCCCAAAGCUUUCAAAUUGCGAUCCGAGUCAUCGAUUAAGGUUACUUGUGUAUGAGAAUUGUCAACGGACCCUUCUCGCCGAUUCAAAACAAUGUGGAAUUUGUUGUUGCACGUGCUCCCACAUUGUUCUUCCAUUUGCACGGAACACAUUAUCCUACCGUACAGUACUGUACGUACUGCAAGUCGAUUUUUUUCCAUCAUGACGAUUCUUGGAUGCGUCAAAAAUGUUCGCCUGCGCAGGAACGUUCGGUACCGUACGUACCGUGCGUCAUUUAAACAAAUGCACGAGUAGGAAAAGCUAUGUUUAAUACCCAUUACAACAUGUGCCAUCUGGGCACGACUAUUUGUUUACUAAACUUCAAUAAAUAUUUUUGUCCAUCCGUAAACGGCACUCAUAUUUGUUUGCCGUUGAUGAAUUCCCCUAAACGAAAAUCUUGAUGCCGUAUGUGUAUUGGAACUGGUGAACUCUUUUGACCACCGAAUUGUAGUACGUAACUCGAAGCUUGAAUCAAUCGGGAGGAGAUCAUUACGAUCUCGGUACGAAACACAAAUACACUGGCGUAGUYAUUCCGGGAUAGGCGGCGAAGCUGUAGCGAUUACAAGGAGGGAAAGCCGUUGAGGCUGCCCUGUCCGACGAGUAGAGUGCAGACAAUAGGACUGUGCCCAUCCGACUUAUUGCAUCAUACGCGACGCCUGACAACAUGAAUGAAAUCCGUGUAUUGAAACAGCGUGCGCUGCUUGCUGCCUCGAUCCUAGCGUUGUCGGURKUGCAACACGUGCUGUGUUCGCCUCUAAUCCAUCUGGACCCGGGCACAAACACGAAUUCAAAUACACAGAGAUCGCUGCGUCGAGGAUCCACCGCUGCCGCCGGUGCGAUCGGCGCUCCACAAGAGCCUCGUAGGUUACGAUUCCAAGAACCAGAAGAACAACAAGAAGAUGGCGUCAAAGGUCGGACGGGCUUCGUGCCUCACAAUGCGAACCAUAGCGUUGGGUCCAACACGGAUGAUGGUGAUUUCUCUCGAAACAAUAGCAGGAAUUCCCGCCGUCAUCUCUUGCAAGACACCAGCUGUAAUCUCAUCCUCAAGGACAUUGAAUACGCACCCACGGCCGAACAUCCCAACGGAUAUUCCCGAGAAGAAUGGAUGUGUGAACUACCCUCGGACGAUUCCUCUAGGAUCGGUGGCAUUCAGUUCAUCGACAUUGCAGACGCCACCCGCCUCGUGGAGGAAUCAAACGCGGCGGCCUACGAACAGGGGCGAACUACCGCCCACGCAAUAACUCCUAUGCCUCCAAUUGUCUCGGGCGAAUCGACGCUGACCUUCAGCUCGGCCAUUAUCGAUACCGGUGGGGAAGAUGGCAAUCCGAAACUCCACGUUCCGCAAGACUCCAUGGUGAAGGUGAAAACCAUUUCAAAAGACCAAGACGAAUACGAAUACCAAUACCAAUACCAAUCCGAAUGGGAUACCAAAAAAAUAAACGACAAUGGCAAAAGAGAACAACGAAAGAAGAAGCAAAGACGGAGACGGAAGCGGGCGCGGAGAGAACAAAGAAACAGAAACGGAAACGGGAGGAGACUCUCGACUAGUCCCUCCGCCUUCGGCACCCUCAACACACUCGUGGUUCGCGUCGUGGAUCGGAGGGGGAUCGGUCCCGAUGCAAGCAUCGAACAGCUCUAUGAUGACGUCUUUGGGGACACCGCCUGCCUGAAAUCGCAGUACGAGGCCUGCUCGUACGGGAAGAUGUCCAUCGUGCCCGCACGCGGUGGGAUGGUGAUGACCGGCAGGGGGAUCGUAAUACAGAACGGGGUCACGGAACUCCGAGUUAACUACGACGUUUCGAUGCCCCACAGCAACAAGGAUGCCCUUCAGCAAGCUGUACUGGACGCUACCUUAGUGCAGUUCGGAACCAACCUCAACGUGUCUCCGCACUACGACCUUGUGUUGUUUUGCAUGCCCCCUGGAACAGGAGAUUGGAUCGCCUACGCCUUUGUGAACCACAAAUUUUCCUUUUACAAUAACCAGUGGUGUUCUUCCGUAACCUCACAGCUCCACGAGGUCGGCCACAACCUGGGGUUAGACCACAGUGGUGAAUACGAAGGUGGAGGCGGAUACGUAAGUUACGCCGAUCAAACCGGUGCCAUGGGGUUUUCCUACGACGCCGACGAUAUGCGGAUUUGUUUCAACCCCGCAAAAAGCUAUCAGCUGGGAUGGUAUGCUGACCAAGUAAAGACGAUCAAUCCCCUAGCUCCGAACUGGGACGCUACCCGCCAGUUUCUCCUCAACGGUGUUUCUGAUUACCAACGAAACCCUGAAACCGCCCUCAUUGUACUUCGGCUCGAUCAAAUGUGGAAGGACGAAGACUAUUACAUCGGAUACAACCGAAAGCACGGCAUAAACGAUGGCACCUUCGAAGACCCGAACAAGGUAACGAUUGUCCGCAAGGAGUUUGGAAAACCGCAUGAGUAUGGACUCUCGACGAAGGUGGCUGCACUUGGCGUUGGUGAAUCGUACGUUAUCGAGAAUUUCAAUGACGAAGAGGGCAAGAACGUGGAAAUCAAAUACAUUGGCCACCACCAAGGUGUCGACGUCACCAUCGAAAUAGUAGACCUAUCUAGAACAGUAGCUGUAGAAGAAAACGCAAUUGAAGUUCUCGAGGAACUAAAUCCAGUCGAAGAUACGGUGAUACCAGAAUGUGCUAUUGUGACAAUAGAAAUCACGUUUGAUCGGUUUCCAGAAGACAUCACCUGGUCCAUCGAGGAAGCCAACGAAGAAGAUUCAGUUUCUAGUGAACGAAUGGUCUAUGCUUCUAAUCCUGUUUAUGACAAAGAACACGACAAGGAGAACACUGUUGCCACACAUGUCUGUCUGCCUUACUGGAACGCCAACGGUAAUAACACGUGGGAUGAAUUCGGAAAUUACACAUGGGAUUUCGUGGAUGCUAAUUCUACUUUUGGUUUCCUGGAUACUAACAGCACGUGGGAUUACGCGGAUGCUAACAGCACGUGGGAUUACGCGGAUGCUAUCAACACGUGGGAUUUCCAGGAUUCAAACAGCACGAGGGAUUUCCAGGAUUCAAACAGCACAGAGCCAGACGAUGACAGCAUGAGCUACAGAUUCAUUAUUUUAGACUCGUACGGUGACGGCUUGUGCUGUGGACAGGGAGAAGGUUCGUACCGAGGACUCGAUGCGCAAGGGAACGAGAUUUUCAGCGGGGGCACCUAUUUCUCCUCCAAGGAACACCUAUUUCGAGUGUUUCUGCCUUUUGGUGCUACCCGACCCUUCGUGGAAGUUUUGAAUUUGGAAUCUGAUCCCCUGGUGCGAACAGAGACCAACGAUGAAGACACCGUGAUUGACCUCUAGAAAGCAGGAAACGAGAGCUUUGGAAUAAAAUGGAAUAGAGCGGAUGCGAAAGUUAUCACUAGCUGAUGACGGUCCAGAACACGCAACGCAAGGGAAUAACAUGGUUUUUAAUUAGUUAAUCGAAAUUGAUAUUAAAUAUAUCGGUAAUUGCACGUACUACUGUAAAGCAAAGCUGAACCGACAACCGGACGAAAUGGAAAACACUUGAAGAAUUGGAAAUGAAAUUAAGCGCAGCAAAGUAAUGGAUUAUUUCAAAAUAGUCUUCCAGAAUACAAUUCUCUCUAACAAACCAUACGCAUUGUA